AUGCUGAAAGCGUCAUCCAAAGAAGACGAAUUAGUCGGCAAACGAGCGAAGAAGCUGCCAAUGAUGCUAUGGCACAUGACCCAUCUAUGGAAAGAACUUUCCGAUGGAUCCGAUUUUGACAAGGCGGUGCUAGACGUGGCUAUCGUGGCCUUUUGGGGUCUAGCUAGGCUCUCGGAACUAUCCUACGAUUCAGAAUUCGGCGCUGUCAGCUUCACUUCGUCCGUCCUUACUUCGGACGUAGUGUUCGACCCCGAAAACAACAGUUUUGCCACAAUUGUGAUACAAAACGCAAAGACGGGCGCUCCUGGUAAACCUCAGUUAAUCACACUGAGAGAACAAGACCACGUCCUGUGUCCGAUCCUAGCACUGAAGCGUCGGCUAUCCUCAAGUUUAGGCACCACUACAACUCUAUUUGGUAACAUGGAAGGCGGGGUACGGCAUCAUCUCACUAGGAGGAAGACUGUAGCCCGCGUGGAACAAGUUCUUGUCGACAGCGGCUAUGCAGGCUUACACGGCCAUUCAUUCCGGGUAGGCGGGGCCUCUUUUCGUCUGGCACUGGGAAUGUCUACACCAGAUUUGUGUUCUUUAGGCAGGUGGAAGUCAGAUUGUUACAAGUUGUAUGUAAGGCCGUAUGACCAAGACACCAAAAAGAAGACGCUUGUUUUAUUGUCCCCCUUGAAGUCAAACUGGAGAAAGAUGGGUUUGUAG